AUGUCUACCAACUUCGAGGACGAUGAUGCACCCCCAGAGCUGGUGGACGUGUCUGUGAUCCCGUCUGAACAGCCUGGGUCUAUAGAGGAAGAGUCACAACCUCGAGUUCCUAUUACUCUAGUCACAGGAUAUCUUGGAGCAGGGAAAACUACCUUGUUGAACUAUAUUCUGACGGAGAAACACGGAAAAAAGAUUGCCGUGAUCAUGAAUGAAUUUGGUGACUCUUCGGACAUCGAGAAACCUUUGACCGUCAACCAAGGCGGCCAAGAAGUCACCGAGUGGAUGGAAGUCGGCAACGGCUGUAUCUGCUGCUCAGUCAAAGACACCGGUGUAAUGGCCCUAGAAUCCCUCAUGGAACGCAGAGGCACAUUCGACUACAUCCUCCUCGAAACAACCGGCCUCGCCGAUCCCGGAAACAUCGCCCCAGUAUUCUGGAUGGACGAAGGCCUAGGCAGCUCCAUCUACCUCGACGGCAUCGUCACCCUCGUCGACGCAAAGAACAUUCUCCAUCUGCUAGACGAGCCCACGCCCGAAGAAAAAGCAAGCUCUCACAACGAAGACCAUAACCACGACCACGGUUCCGGGCCUGUGCUGUCCAUGGCGCAUAUGCAGGUCUCGCAUGCGGAUGUGAUUAUCCUUAAUAAGGCUGAUCUUGUUACGGACGAGGAGUUGGAGGUCGUCCGGGAUCGCAUCUCGGCUAUUAAUAGCGUGGCUAAGAUUCAUGUUACGGAUCAUAGUCGGACGCCGCAGAUUGAGGGGGUUGUGUUGGAUUUGCAUGCCUAUGAUCAUUUGGAUGAUUUGGAUUUUAGUAGGAAGGGGCAUAGUCAUAUUGAUCCGGCUAUUUCGACCAUUGCGGUUGUGACACCUCCAAUCCCUGCUGACAAGGUACCACAGGUCGAUUCUUGGCUACAGUCUGUUCUGUGGGAAUUAACGCUGCCCAUGCCAGCAAACUCAUCACCUGAAUCACACCCCACGAAUUUCGAGAUUCAUCGACUAAAGGGUAUCCUACGUCUUGAGGAUGGCACGAGUAGAAUCAUCCAAGCAGUGCGCGAUGUUUUCGAAAUCAGGGAUUCCGAGCCUACUCAAAGUGACGACGACAAGCGAUCUCCAGUCCAGUGCAAGAUCGUACUGAUCGGCCGCGGGCUAGGGCCGACUGUAGAUCCCUGGAAAGACAGCUUCGAGUCAUUCGUCCGCUACAGUUGA